UGAGCUGUCCGUGGUUUAUAGUUGUUUGUUUGUCGUUCCUCUCGAGAUGCCCGCUGACAAUCUGAGAUGGGAAACUUUACAGGCUUUAAAGAACUCUCCGAAAGGACAAAUCAAAUACGACCCGUACUGGUCCGAGCGGGGCGAGGGUUUGUUUUGUUGACGUGUUCCCUUCAGGAUAUUCUGGCCGGCUGCAGAGAGGCCCUGAGCCUGUCUCCUCAGUCCGGGGUGGUACUGGAGCGCCUCGCCUCCUUCCCCCUGCAGAGGUCCUGCUUCCUGAGCUGCAGCUCCAGGGUCUCCAGCCCCGGCCUCUUGGACGACAACUCGGCCUCGCUUUCCACCUCGGGGUCCGUGUCCGACAUCCACGCCAGGCACGGAGCGCCGUCUGCCGCCCCGUCGCUGACCGCCGAGCGUGAGCAGGCUGUCGGUGACGAGGCGAAGGAUGAAGAUCCGGAGGAAGACGACGCCGAUGUUCACAGUCCUGCGUCUCCGCCCGCCAUCUCCCUGCUGUCGCCCAAAGCCAUGGAGACGGCCGGCCGCAUCCUCAGAUUUGAGGAAGAACAACGAGAAAAGGCCAAGAUGGCGCUCAAGCGGCGGCAGGAAAUGCACGAGAGGCUGGUGGCCAUGGUGGCGAGCUCCGAGUCGGAGCAGCUGAAGCGCUUCGAGGAGUUCAUGGAGCUAAAGCAGAGGCAGGAGUUCCAGAGCAUGAGGGACAUGAUGGACCGAGAAACCAAAGAGAGCAUCGGACGUCAAGAGAAGCUGAAGGAGGAGCAGCGGCACAGAAUGAAGAUCCUCAACCUGCGUCUGCGGGAGGCGGAGCAACAGCGCCUACGGGAGGCGGAGCUCCAGCGGCAGCGGCAGGCCGACGGCCGCGAGCGUCUGCGCAACCUGAACAGCAUCCAGGAGGAGAUCCUGCAGCUCAACCAGCUGAUGGAGCCCUCCACCCAGUCUAGGACGGAGCUGCCGCCCGCCAGCCUCAGCUCCUACUGCACCCGCGGGAACCAGCUGUGCUCCCAGCUGUCGGAGGUGGUGCGGAAGACGGCGGAGGGAGAGUUCCCCAGCAUGGAGGACAUGACCGUGGCCGAGCGAGCCCUCCACGAGAUGAGGGCUCUGAUCCGGCUGAUGCAGGAGGAGGUGACCAAGGCCCAGGACAAGAAGAAGAAGGACGAGGAGCAGGAGGAGCAGCGCAGAAAGCAGGAGGAGGUGCAGGCGCAGCAGGAGGCGGAGAAGAAGGCCGCGGAGUCGGCCAAAGAGAAGGCCAAAAGGAAAGGUCUGCAGAACAGCGCUGAAGGAGCGACGAUGAAAUGGUACAAGGAGCUGCAGGAGUCGGCUGCUCGCUGUGCGCUGGCCUUCCAGCAGCUCAACACCGCUAAAGACGCCCAGAAGCUGAAGCUGGAGCUGCAGAAGGCGGCCAGCAUUCCCGUCUCUCAGAUCUCCAGCAACUCCGGAUCGCAGCUCCGGGAGAUCUUCGACCGCAUCGACAAGCUGAUGGCGGGCCGCGCGGUUGUGUCGGGGGGGCGUAGCGUAUCCAUCUCCCAGCAUCCUCAGGGGCUCGACUUCGUCAGCUUCAAGCUGGCCGAAAAGUUUGUGAAACAAGGCGAGGAGGAGGUGGCGUCCCACCACGAGGCGGCGUUCCCCAUCGCCGUGGUGGCGUCCGGCAUCUGGGAGCUCUACCCUCAGGUGGGCGACCUCAUCCUCGCCCACCUGCACAAGAAGUGUCCGUACGCUGUGCCGCACUACCCGCCCAUGAAGGACGGCACGACUGUGGAGGACUACCAGAGGAUUCUCGGGUACCGUGUGGACGACUCCGGGGUCGAAGGUCAGGACAGUUUCCUGAAGAGGAUGUCGGGGAUGAUCCGUCUCUACGCCGCCAUCAUCCAGCUGAGGUGGCCCUACGCCUCCAAGCAGGGGGCUGCUCCUCACGGGCUGAACCACGGGUGGCGUUGGUUGGCUCAGAUGCUCAACAUGGAGCCGCUCGCCGACAUCACGGCGACGCUGCUGUUUGACUUCCUGGAGGUCUGCGGCCACGCGUUGAUGAAACAGUACCAGAGCCAGUUCUGGAAACUCAUCCUGCUCCUGAAGGAGGAGUACUUCCCCAGGAUUGAAGCGGUGUCGAGCAGCGGGCAGAUGGGCUCCGUCAUCAGACUCAAACAGUUCCUCCAGACGUCGGUGCAGAGUCGACAGAUCCAUCCACCCAAAGGCCAGCUGACCUCCACGUUCUGGGGCUCGUGAUGGAGGAGGAUGAAGAUGAGGAGCCUCCGCCAUGCUGGAUGGAGAUGAACGAGGCAGGAAUGGGAUUAUUUUCUUUUCCCGGAUGCAAUGUGUAAAUGUCCCAUCUCUCCGGUGACGUCUUCGCACAGAAAGACGUAAAUAUGCGUCUCCACUAGUCUGUUCUCCUGCGUCAUAACCUACGUGUUUCAGGUUUAUUCAAAACGAGGCAGCAAUAAUGUCGGGAUGUGAACCGUCAGCUUCAUAAUGUUUUAACGGCUUCACUCGUUUGAUGGUUAAAGGGAAAAACAAUCUCUUUCUCAGUCACUAAAUGGGUUUUCUGUGUUUUUAUUUCAACAGUAACACAAAUGUAAAUUGUGUUUGAGCUUUUUUUGGCUAUUUUAUGUUUUUAAGGAAUCCACCAUGUGGAGCGAAGGCUUGAGGGUCAGAUGAGCUGAGAAGAUCAGAUGGAUAUUUAUAUAAGAAAGAGUUUAAAACAAUCAAGGGUUUGAUGUUAAGAUAGAAAUCUGUAACAGUGAGGUGUGAAUAUAAAGUAUUUAUUCACCAGAAUGAUCCUCUUUGAACCAAAUGUCUGAAAUAAAACCUCAUCAGUUCA